AUGUCCGACCCCGACUCUCCUCACAUUAAGAACCGCGAUACCCCAUCAUGGGGCCUCUACCAGCGCGAGAACUUUUGGAAGCUUAACGAUGGUGAAGUGCCUCAAUUCAACACUCCAAACCGCCAAGCAUUCUUCAGACGCAAGAUUGUUCCCCGGCAACUUGUUGACACCAACGAGCGAUCAACCCGCACCACGAUCUUUGGGCACGAGGUCUCGGCGCCGUUCGGCAUUGCGCCCGUAGGCAUCAACAAGAUCUACCACCCGCACGGCGAGCUUCCCGUCGCCAAGGUUGCCGGGGAGUUGGGCAUUCCUUACAGUCUCUCGACGGCCGGCUCCUGCCCCAUUGAAGAUGUGGCUCGAGCUAACGACGCGGGGCGCGCAUCGACGAUUGAGGCUCAAUCGGCAGAGAAAUCCAAGAUCCCAGAGGGACCGCGCUUCUUCCAGCUCUACAUGCCCCAUGACGACGAGCUCACUAUUUCCCUCUUGACCAGAGCGCACGAGUCCGGCUUCACGGCUUGCAUGCUUACGACGGAUACCUGGCAACUGGGCUGGCGGCAUGACGACGUCGCGACGUCGAACUAUGCAUUCUACCGCGGCAUCGGCGCCGACCUGGGCCUGACGGACCCCAUAUUCCAGAAGCGCCUCGCAGAGAAGGGCAUCGAUCCACAAAAGGAGCCCGAGAAGGCGGCUGCGAUGUGGAUCGACAACGUCUGGCACGGGCGCGCGUGGUCCUGGGACAAGGCCGUGUGGGCACGGGAGCAGUGGCAGCAGAUCAGCGGCGGGAAGCCGUUCCUGAUCAAGGGCAUUCAGAGGGUCGACGACGCGGAGAAGGCGGCGGACCUAGGGUUCGAGGGCAUUGUUGUGAGCAACCACGCCGGGCGCCAAGUCGACGGGGCGAUUGGGAGCCUGGACGCGCUGGAGAAGAUUGCGGAGAGGGUCGGGGACAGGAUCGUAGUCACGUUCGAUAGCGGCGUGAGAGGCGCGGCGGACGUAGUCAAGGCGCUCGCGCUGGGCGCCAAGUUCGUCUUCAUCGGGCGGCUGUGGAUCUGGGGACUGAGCAUCAUGGGGGAGCAAGGCGUGAGGCAUGUGCUGAGGGGCCUGUUGGCCGACUUGGACAUCUUGAUGAAUGUGGCGGGGAUCCAGAAGAUUGCGGACAUCAACAAAGACUUGCUGGAGUCGUUUCCCAAGUCUUACGCGUUGCUUGCUGAAAAGAGCAAAUUGUAG